AUGACGGAGCCACGCAUGAGGCUGCGGCAAAAAGGCCAGCAGUUCCCCACGCAAGACUUAGAAGCCUUCCUCCUCGCCUUUGGCGACAACGACUACCCCCUCGCAGAAACGAUGCGCGUCCUCGACGAAAUCAUCACAGACUACAUCAUCGAAACCUGCCACGAAGCUGCAUCCGUUGCCCACCACGCGCGCCGCGCCAAGAUCAAGCUCGACGAUUUCAAAUUCAUGCUGCGCCGCGACACGGGCAAGCUGGGCCGUGUGAGCGAGAUGCUGGAGACGGAUAAAGAGCUCAAGAGGAAGAGGAAGGCGUUUGAUACGGAUGAGGGGGCGGUGCUGCAGGACAAGGAUGAGGCUGGUGGUGCUGGUGCUGGUGGUGCCGAGGACGCGGGGAGGGGGGAGAGGGAGAGUAAGUUGGGGCGGCCCAAGAAGAAGGUGGAUGGCGAGGGAGGGGCUACUGCUGCUGGGGAUGGAGAGAGGAAAAAGAAGAAGAAAAAGAAGGAUGGAGGGGGUGGUGGGGACGAUGCUAGUACGGUGAGGAGUGGAUGA